CUCCCUUGCCCACCUGCCCGUCGCCCGGGUCAAAGAUGGCGGCGGCCGCGGCGGGGCUGAGGCGAGCGGCCCGGGGGCUGCUGCGCUGCCCGGCGGUCUUUAGAAGCCAGCUGUAUCGAUCUCAGCGGGCCUUCCAUCCUGGAGUUUUGCUGCAAAGAGCUUCAGAAGAACAGAAACAGCCCCCCUUCCUACCUCCCAAUCAGCAGCCUUCAGAGUCUUCACCAGUGGAUGAAAAGCAUGAUGCAAAGUAUCCAGACUCACACCAUAGUUAUACAGAUCAGGGUGGGGAAGAAUCAGAGGGCUAUGAGAGUGAGGAGCAGCUACAGGGUCGGAUCCUGACAGCAGCUCUGGAAUUUGUGCCUGCCCACGGGUGGACGACGGAUGCAAUUGCAGAAGGAGCUAAGUCCCUAGGUCUCUCUGUUGCUGCCACAGGACUAUUUCACAAUGACGGCAGCGAACUGAUUCUCCACUUCGUGUCCCAGAGUAACUCCAGACUCUCUGAACUUCUUGAGGAGCAGCACAAGCUGGUACAACUUGGCCAGGCGGAGAAGAAGAAGACAGACGAGUUUAUAAAGGAUGCCUUAGAAGCGAGGCUGAGAAUGCUCAUUCCGUACAUUGAAAAAUGGCCUCAGGCUAUGAGUGUGUUGUUGUUGCCACACAAUAUUCCAUCCAGCCUUAACCUGCUUACAACCAUGGUGGAUGACAUCUGGCACUAUGCAGGAGAUCAGUCCACUGACAUAAAUUGGUAUACUCGCCGAGUGGUGCUGGCUGGAAUUUAUAACACCACAGAGCUGGUGAUGAUUCAGGAUGCUUCCCCGGAUUUUGAGGAGACUUGGUCCUUCCUACAAAGCAGAGUUGCUGAUGCAAUGAACAUGGGACACACCGCUAAACAGGAUCAGCUACUAAACAGAAAAUCCACAAGAAAAUGGAAAAGAAAUUCUCCAGGCUGACUGCUGCACAAGAUACUGCUGGUCUGCUAGAAAUGAAUACUUUUCUCCCUACAAGACGGGAGGUGAUGUAAUUUAAGAUACAGCCUCCUAGAAGAUUGUGAAUAAAAUUAAUCUUUUUUCCUGCCCAGCCUGAAGAGUGGAAUGCUAAAUAAGAACAUUGGACUUGACUUAGCAGCACGCAGAAAAAGAAUCUAUCUAAUAUAAAUUCAAGCUAAGACAUACUCCUUCUACAGAAGUGGCACGCUUUCUUGAACUAAAGACCAGCUACUUCCUUUUACCUGCGCUCUUUCUUCAGCCUUAGUCCACGGCUUCUCCAGUCCCAUCCUCCAAUUCUGCCAUUGUCUUUUUAAAAGACUGGAUUUUUCAAUCCCCAGAAUAGAGGGAGGGGCUGGGGCAUCUCUCUGUGUCUCUGCAACAGAAAGCAGUUCACUUGUGGAAAUGUGGAUUGAUCAUCUUGGCAUGCCAGCUGGCAUUCGCAGCCCAUGUUCAGUCUUGCCUAUAAGUUGCACCAUGCCAUUGUGAGACUUCUUUAUGACUGCCCACGUUUGUGUGGUUCAUUCAAAGGGGCUGUUCUUGCUGUCAUAAUUUUGCAGUACUAUGCUCUCGUGGGGGCCCUGUGGAGGGAGGACAUGUGUGUCUGGCUCCAUUAAAAAAAAGUGGCGCACUGUGCAGAAUGCUUUAUUGAGCCUCUGAAUUAAAUCAAGCUCAUUUGCUUGGAAAUCGUCCUGUUGGUUUCUAGGCAAGUCCUCUUUUAAGUCACAGCAGUAGCUCCAGAAUUAAUCUAUUAUAUUUCCCCCAAUUGUGUCUGUCUGUCUGUCUGUGUGUGUAUGUACGCACUCCUUGGAUACUGCUAAGACCCCGAGCUUGAAGCUUCCUCAAAUACUUCCAACCAGAUAAUGCGCUUCACUGCUUUUCUAGAGCAUCCUUCCCCCCACCCACCAUCCCACCGAUGCCUUUAAGAUGUAUUGGGUAUGCUAAUGGCCAUGUUGGUGGGGAAUUCUGGGACUCGCGGUUUCAACACAUCGGGAGAGCACCAGCGUUGCCAGGUGUAGGAUGCUUCCUGAUUGCUUUUUCCAGAAACAUAAAACCCAGCUUGCGUUGAAGUUUUCUGUACC